AUGUUAAAACCAUAUACGCACGAGGAUAGACAAAAACGUUCUGUGAUCAUUAAGGACAAUCGUAAUAGAAAUGAGACCAAUCACUUAACGGAAGAGGAAUUAAAAUCUAAGGACUUAAUCUGGAAGAAAAAUGAGAUUCGAUGGCGACUGUUAUCAACUGGAUAUAGCACGCAUAUUCCAGUUGAAGACCAGAGAGCCACUAUUGAUUUAGCUUUCAGAAUGUGGUCAGAAGUGACGCCUCUAAAGUUUGUGGAAGAUUUAACUGGUGAUAUCAGGCAUGUCGAUAUUGAAGUUGAGUUUGGCAGAGGAUCACAUGGCAAUUGUAAACAAGAUUUCGAUGGUCAAGGAGGAGAAGUUGCUCAUUCAUGGGUUGGUGGAAACAUGCAUUUUGAUGAUGAUGAAAAUUACAAAUCUAUCAAAACACGCAGUACAGAUGGAAUAUAUUUAUUAAGGAUAGCCGUACAUGAAAUUGGUCAUGUUCUUGGUUUACCCCAUACCAAUAAGACGUACUCCAUCAUGUACGCCAUCUAUAAUAAGUUGAACUCUAAACCAUCGUUUGAAUUGAAUCCUCUAGACAGAAAGGCUGUACAGGCCAUAUAUGGUAGGUGUGUGUGUAAAGGUAAAUUCAGCACUGUGUUGGACUGGGUUCGAAAGCGUCCUGACAAUUCUUUUAUCUUCAACACAUAUUUCUUCCGAGAUAAUCACUACUGGAUGUAUGAGAAUCAUGCCAACAGAACCAGAUACGGCGAUCCUUUACGUAUUGCUCGAGAAUGGAGUGGUGUGCCUAACUUAGUUGAUGGUUAUGCUCAUAUUUGGUACAUUGCGGGAAGUGCCAUAGUCGAUAAAGCAUAUUUCUUUAAAGGAGAGAAGUUUUAUGCCUAUGAUAGUGACGAGGAUUCUGUAUUGGAAGGCUAUCCUAAAGAUAUUAAAGAAGGUUUUGGACCAAUGGAAGGUAAAACAGACGUGAUACCAGAUAAUAUUGAUACUGUCUACUUUGAUAUGCGGGAUAAAAACCUUUAUUUCUUCAAACAUGAUAUGGUUUAUAUUUACGAUCCGAAGAUGGAAAAUGGUACAAGCGGCUGCUGUGUUAGAAUUAGGAAAAUUACGGAAGAGUUUCCUCCCGUUGACGGCGAAGAACCAUUACCCAGUGAUUUAGAUGCUGUAUAUUAUUCUUAUAAGGACCAAGCUAUUUAUUUCAUUAAAGACGAAUAUGUGUGGAAGAAUGUGAAAUUUCAUUUACGACAGAAGCAGAUUGUGAACGGGGUCAAGAAAGAAGGUUUGUGGUACAACAAAUGGUUCGAUAUUUGCGACAUCUAA